AUGGCGGCGCGCGUGUGCGCAGCGCUGAGCAAGUCAGGAGUCCAGAUUGCGAGAUCGUUUCGCAAGAACGCUUCCUUCUUCGGAGCAUCGAGGAUCGGCAUUCUGAAGAGCUAUGGAUCCACGGCACGAUUUAUGUCGACGGAACCAAUUUUGGUUCCCAAGGUCAACAACAUUUAUCCCGUUUCAAACUUCAAGGAGGAGAUUCGACGACGAGAACGAGUGGCGACCACUUGGUUUCCCUAUCCGGUCUACUCGUUGGAGGAGUUCAAGCAGGUGGGCACAUGCCAGCUGGCGUCUGCUGUCUUCCAGGAACCGCUCCGAGUCGAUAUUCUCAACCGUGUGGUCCUCUGGCAACGAGCUGGAUGGAGAACGAUUGCUCGUAUUGCCAAGAACCGAAACAUGGUGUCUGGAGGAGGAAAAAAGCCAUGGGCUCAGAAGAAAACGGGCAGAGCGCGCCAGGGCUCUAUCCGAGCUCCCCACUUCAGACAUGGAGGAAAGGCGCAUGGGCCUGUGCAGCGGUCCUUUGCCAUUGACAUGCCCAAGAAAGUGAGACGGCUAGGAGUUCGAGUAGCUAUGAGCUCUAGGAUGCGAGAGGGCAAAGUCUGGAUCGUUGAAUCUGAGAAGCUGUCGAGUUCAAAGACUCGCCACGCAGCUGCCGUUGCCCGUCAGUGGGGAUGGGAUAGUUGUCUCUUCAUAACGGGCUCCUCGCCAGACAAGAACUUCGACUUGGCGACCGGUAACCUGCCGAACCUACGUGCUAUUCCCGCGCACAAGACAUCAGUCUAUACGAUCCUCAAGCACAAACAGCUCGUCAUUACGAAGGAGGCUGUUGAUCUCCUUCACGUUCAUUUGUUGCGAUGGGCUCCAGCGUCGUCGCUGCUGCUGGUGGUAGCAGUAGAUGAAGAAAUCCACUCAUCCCGACGCACCAGCAGCAACGAGGAUCAUUAUGAUGAUCAUCUAUUCCUCCACCUCACGAUCGUCGGCGGCGACGAUGAUGGACUGGAAGAUGAAGAACCUUGUUGAGAUUCCCGAGGGCUGCGCGCAGACCCUCUCUCAAUGAACGUCUCCUUAUUCUGAUCAUCCUUCCCACCUCUGACACUAUCAGUCAAGAUCUACAGACUCUCCCCGUCCUCCCCUUCCUCCCUCGCUCCCUGCUCUCUUCGCCCUUCGGCAGCUCGAGCAAGAAGCUGACGUCGAUCGAGGGGAGUAAGGAGAUGCGUGAUGCUCAGCUGCUUCCCGUCUCCCCUCGCGCCCUCACCUUCCCCUUCCUUGACAUGCUCUUUCUCCUUGGAGCCCCCGAGGACUUGUCGCUUCCACUCCUCGUACUGCGAUCGUCGCUGCUUCUUCGCCUCCUCCUGCUCCUCUUCCUUCAUCCGCUUCAUGUGCCCCUUCCCCACUCGAGGCUUUCCGUCACUUUGAAAAGUCACCACCUGCUGCUGCUCUUUCCCUCCCUGCGGCUGCACUUGCUCCUUCUCCCCUGCCUGGACCUUGUCCGGCAUCUUAGGAGUCGCCUGCAGCCUCCCCAUCGCGAUCAUGCUUGACAGCCUUUGCGAUGCGCUCGGCAGCUUCCGUCGGUCGUUCAGGGAGGAGGCGGUGACGGAGGAAUGUUUC